CCUGAGUGUAAUGGAAUGACAUCCGCCGUCACCUCAUCAGAAGUGAGGCGUGAGCAAGAAGAGGAGCAUCCUGAAAUUCACUGUGUUAUCCACCAAGCAACAGAUCAUCUUGACAGAAGCAAAGCAGAUCUUUUGCAUUCCAGGCAACCAGAGAUCACUAUCAUCGCCGGGGAACCUUCGGAUGACAACGAAUGGUUCUCAGCAUCGCCCGUGGUUUGUUCUUCCGACCCUCAAUCCAGCUGGUCCGCGGGCAUCCAGCCCCCACCGUCCGAUGACCAGGUGAUUCAAGAAAAGACCCGAGAGGAGCACAUUGCUCGGCCCACCGCGGCUCCCCGACAGUUUUCUCCCUGUAUCACCACGACCUGCUCCACACAGACUGACCCCGUCAGGGAAAAAUCACCCGGUAAAAAGCCGCAAAAACCGCCUAGACCAUCCUUGUUCAGACCUGAAGGUGCUUCUGAAAGUGGUCCACACAAGUCACAAGAAAGACGGGACUCAGGAGAUCGGUACAAAAGAUCAGUCACGGUCCACUGGGAAACACCUGUGCAACCUGACCCAAGCCCUAGUGCGACAACUUUUAGUGUUCCCACCUUAGAACCCAGACCUGCCCCGCUUCCUCGCAUAAAAUCCAGAAAACAGACCGAAGCUAACAUUCAGACAUUGGUCAAACUUGAAGAUGAUGAGCUCCCCACAGAUGCUGUUAACAAUUCCUCAAAUGAGUAUCUGAAGGAGCUGCUGGACGUCUUUAGUCCGAACGGAGACCAAGCAAAUCCGGAGAAACGAGUUCAUGGUGAGAUGAACAGUCAGCGAAACAUCCAGUCCAGGAUCCAGGCCUUUGAGAGCCAGCUCGGCCCAGAGCACGGGAGUGCCGCCGAGCCGAUCAGACCACAGCCUCUUCCUAGAAAUCCGGCAAAGCCACAGGUGUCCGCUAAACCUCCACUAUCUUCCAGAUCUGUAUUGGUUCAGGACAGUCAAAAUGUAUCAAGGCAGGAUCAGACAGCCGUUUUCAAACCUCAGCCGGCCCAGAAACUUGCUGGAAAUCCCAUGCGAGAAGAAUUGGAGACCCUGCUCACAAAGGGCGGACCCCCGCAGCGCUCACGCCCGGCAGUAUUAACCAGGGAUUACAGCAUCCAUGACGAGGCGCCACUCUUGCCACCGAGAAUGCCAGUGAAGCCACCAAAGGAACCACUGAAGCCCAACCUCAACAUCAACAACCACAACUCCGCCUCCAUGGCGAGGAAUAACGAAAAUGCCCACAUUCCACCAAAUCCGGCUCCUGUCAAGGCGAUGCCACCUUUAACAAAAAGGCCCACCACUAUCAGAGUCCCUAGCCAAAUUGCCACAGAGAGUCUUCAAGGCGAUCCUCCUCCACUUCCUGCUCGGAAACCUGUCGGCGGUCGAGGCACCGCAGCCGUUCCCAGGCAAAAAUCCUUACCCAGCAUCCCAACUCAGGGGUUAUUAAAGGACAAGAGGGUUCCAUCGCUACCAAAUCAGCGGCAAGGCAUCACAAAACCGCUUCCGCCACGCCCACCUGCGGCUAAACCUGGUCCUGGACGACCGCCGCUACCCAGCGUGCAGGCCACCAAGACCACCAAAGGGUUCCUCCUGCCUCCCAGACCUGUCCAGGGCCAUCGCCUCUAUGACAAAUACACUCUUCCGCAUGGAUCCGCCGCCCCGGACUCUAACAGGAGCCACAGCGAAGAACUAUCAUUCCAGGCUGCAAAUCCAACCGGCAAGCAAGAAAAAGGAUUAAACGUUCAAGCCUUGCAUGACUUCACUCCAGAGGGUCCAGGAGAGCUGGGCUUGAAGGCCGGUGACAUCAUCAACAUGGUGGAGCGCGUGGACAGUGAAUGGUACAAAGGGACUUGUAAAGGAUCCACUGGUUACUUCCCAGUUAACUUCGUCAAAGUGCUGUCGGAUGCACCACCAAAACUUGCUCCCGAGAAGAAACCAAAGCCACAUUCUGCUAUAGUCACUGGUCCCAGAUGUGUGGCAAGGUUUGAUUUUGUGAGCGACAGUGGGGAGGAGUUGUCGUUCAUGGAGAGCGACGUGAUCCGGCUACAAGCCUACGUUGGCGAUGAGUGGGCCUGCGGGCAGUUGGGCACCGCUUCCGGAAUUUUCCCUCUCAAUUUUGUGGAAGUCGUUGAAGAUCUGCCGUCAACGCCCACUUGGCCCCAGGGUAUGACGAAUCCCAACAGGGUCGCAUUACCAGGCAUGGCCAGUCAUCAGCCACAAGCUGUCAAACCAGCUCAGUCCUCUGUAGAGUGGGCACUGGCUCAACAUGAUUUUGAUGCCAAUGCGGAGGAUGAGCUGUCUUUCAAGCGGGGCGACUGCAUUCUUGUCACCAGGCAUGUCGACGCCGAAUGGAGCUGCGGAAGACUCAACGGCAAAGAAGGAAUCUUUCCCAAGGUUUUUGUGGAGAGUCGCAUGGGUCCAAAGUUGCCAACUAACAAGUUGAAAGCUGGUGAAAUGAAGGGAAGGGCCAUGUACGAAUUCAUUUCAGACUGCGAUGAGGAGCUCUCUUUGCAGGUCGGGGACAUCAUCACCAACCUGGAGCCAAUCAACGAUGAAUGGUUCCUGGGUGACUUGAGGGGCAAACGGGCCUUAGUGCCUAAAAACUACGUUCAAGUGCUCUGAAGUUUGGACUCAAACUUAAGGUACUUGUUUUGCAAUGAAUUAUUAAAAAAACAGUGAAUAUUUUCUGCUGCGUUACAUUUAGAAUUGUGUGUUGUGUUCUUUUGAUUACCAAUUCUGUAAUAAAUUUUACACUGGCGCUA